AGCUUCUUCUGUAUGUUCUUCUGUAGGUAAGAGAACAUAUAUGGAGGGAGGGAGAGUGGAGAUGUAGGAUGGGCGCGGCACAAGCUUCAAUUGGGCAACAUCCUACCCAAAGCCCGAGAUAGCCAGCAUAAAGUCAGACAUCACUUAACUCGUGCGUGAGUUCUAUACCACGGACAAACAGGCUGAGUUCCCUGGAGAAAUAACUGUGUUCAUUUUCAGUCACACAGAAUUAAACCAUUUUCGCCGCAAUGGGGGUGAGAUUGAUACAAUUCAUCUCAUAUCUUUCGCUUAUCUUUACCCUGGAAUGGACGCAUAUAUCGGCUUUCAACCUGGACACAGAAAACGUUAUUGAAAAGAAAGGAGAGCCCGGGAGCCUUUUCGGCUUCUCUCUCGCUAUGCAUUGGCAGUUAAAUCCGUUGGAAAAAAGAAUGUUGCUGGUUGGUGCUCCAAGGGCCAAAGCUCUGGGAGGUCAGAAGGCUAAGAUCACAGGAGGACUCUACAACUGUGACACCUCUUCCUCUUCCUCCAGCUGUAACCGAGUGCAGUUCGACAACGAUGAGGACUUGAAAACCGAGAGUAAGGAGAACCAGUGGAUGGGAGUAACAGUGAACAGCCAGGGACCAGGAGGAAAGAUUGUGACGUGUGCCCACCGCUACCAGCGGCGUCUGUUUGUGAACACGGCCCAGGAGUCUCGUGACAUCACAGGGCGGUGUUACGUGCUGAGCCAGGACCUGACCAUCGAUGCCCUGUCUGAUGAGGAUGGAGGGAACUGGAGGUUCUGUGAGGGGCGGGCACGUGGGCAUGAGAGGUUUGGUUCAUGCCAACAGGGUCUGUCUGCCACCUUCACAAGGGACUAUCACUACCUGGUAUUUGGCGCUCCUGGAGCAUACAACUGGAAAGGUGUGGUGAGAGUAGAGCAGAAGAACAGCACUCUGUUGGAGAUGGGUUUCUAUGACGACGGGCCCUAUGAGGUGGGCGAUGAGAACCGGUUAGACCCAGACCUGGUCCCUGUGCCCGCUAACAGUUACUUGGGCUUCUCUCUGGACUCGGGGAAGGCCAUCACUAAGAAGGGUCAGCUGACCGUGGUUGCCGGGGCCCCGAGAGCCAAUCACAGUGGGGCAGUGGUGUUGCUAAAGAAGGAGUCUGAGGCGUCCACCAUGUUGUCACCAGAGUACAUCCUGGAAGGGGAGGGGCUAGCCUCAUCAUUCGGCUACGACCUCGCUGUGGUGGAUCUGACUGGAGACGGGUGGCAGGAUAUUGUGGUGGGAGCCCCUCAGUUUUUUGAGAAGGACGGGGAGGUGGGCGGGGCUAUUUACGCCUACAUUAACAAGGGUGGAGUCUGGAGUAAGGUCACGCCCACCAGGAUAGAUGGACCUCAGGACUCCAUGUUUGGACUGGCUGUAGAAAACCUGGGAGAUCUCAACCUGGAUGGCUAUCAGGACAUUGCUGUGGGAGCACCCUAUUAUGAUAAUGGGGCAGGGAAAGUAUACAUCUACCACGGCUCAGCUCAGGGCAUCAACAUCAAACCUGCACAAGUGUUGUCAGGGGUGUCAUCGCGGACAAAGUUGUUUGGUUAUUCUCUAGCUGGUAACAUGGACCUGGACAGGAACUCGUACCCAGACCUGGCUGUAGGAUCUCUCUCCGACUCUGUGUUUGUCUACAGGACUCGGCCAGUCAUUAGCAUCCAGAAGGUUGUCAAGACAACGCCAAAGGAGAUCGAUCUGACUAAGAAGAACUGUGGCAACAGCAUCUGCUUGGAGGUAGAGGCCUGUUUCUCCUACACAGCCAAACCUAAAUCCUACAGCCCCAGACUGACGGUGGCCUACUCCUUUGAGGUGGAGGCGGAGCGUAGAAAGAAGGGUCUUCCUCCCAGAGUGAUCUUUUCUACGCGUUCCAGCGACAUCAACGACUACCAGUCCACCGGUGUUCUCACCCUCAGUGGACAGGGCAAGGCGGAGUGUAUCACCGCCAAACUCACACUACAGGAGAACAUUAAGGACAAGCUCAGGGGAAUCCCCAUCGAGGUUACCGUGGAGAUACAGAACUCCAAAAGGAAAAGAAGAGCGCUCCCAGAGCUCGCGCCCAUCCUCGACUCCAAUGACCCUAUCACGGCCCGCGCUGAGGUGAGUUUCCUGAAGGAGGGCUGUGGCAGUGAUAAUGUGUGUCAGAGUAACCUACAGCUCCAGCAUCGCUUCUGCUACAGAGAACCCAACAAGGACGUCUUCCAUCCACUACCUGUGGAGAAUGGGGUGCCAGUAGUCUCCCUUAGCGACCAGAAGGAUAUCGCCCUGGAGAUCACAGUGACCAAUCAGAAUGGAGAUGAUGCUCAUGAGGCGGCAUUGGUUGCCUCCUUCCCCCCCUCUCUCUCCUACUCUGCCUCCCGCUCUGCACCCAACGCAGACAAGCAGGUGAUCUGUGUGGCCAAUAAAAAUGGCUCUCAGGCAGACUGUGAGCUGGGGAACCCCUUCAAGCAAGGCUCAGAGGCGAUGUUCUACAUCAUCCUGAGCACAGCAGGCAUCUCUCUGAACACCACAGAGCUGGAGAUAGACUUGAAGCUGGAGACGACGAGUGACCAGCAAAACGUGGACAGAGUCAAGGCCAAGGCCAAAGUGGUGAUCGAGCUGCUGCUGUCCCUCACAGGAGUGGCCAAGCCCUCCCAGGUCUACUUUACUGGAGAGGUAAAAGGUGAGAGCGCCAUGAAGUCAGAAGGAGACAUCGGCAGCCCCAUCGAGUUCGAGUUCAGGGUGAUCAACCUGGGGAAGCCCCUGAAGACAUAUGGCAGCGCCGCCCUGAUCAUCAAUUGGCCAAAGGAGACGGUGGAGGGCAAGUGGAUCCUGUACCUCAUGAAGAUCGACUCCAGAGGUCUGGAACAGAUCACCUGCUCCCCUGAGAGAGAGAUCAACCCACUCACUGUCAAAGAGGAGCCGAGCAGCACCAGGAGAAGACGAGCCAUAGUGGAGACAGACAAACCUAAGGAGGGAACCAUCGCACUACUGACUGACAAGAGGAAAUACACUACUCUGUCGUGUGAGGACGGGGCAAAGUGUGUGGAGAUUCGCUGCUCCCUUCAGGGCCUGGACAGUAAUGCAGUCAUCCUGCUCAGAUCUCGCCUCUGGAACAGCACAUUCCUGGAGGAGCACUCCAAGCUGAACUAUCUGGACGUGAUAGUGAAAGCCUCUCUCAGAGUGGACGGCACUGCUAAAAACAUGGUCCUUAAGAACGCAGAGACACAGGUGAGAGUGACGGUGUUCCCAGAGCAUCGUGUGGCUCAGUACGGAGGACUCCCAUGGUGGAUCAUCCUGGUAGCCAUCUUGUUAGGGCUGCUGCUGCUCGGCCUGCUGGUCUUCCUGCUGUGGAAGUGUGGGUUUUUCAAACGCUCAAAGUACGACGACAGCGUUCCCAGUUAUAAUGCAGUGCGGAUUAAAAAGGAGGAGAAACUGGAAAGCCUGGAAAAGAAAGCCUGGAUAACGAGCUGGAAUGAGAACGAGAGUUACUCUUAACAAUGGCGGAAUGUUGGAGCUCCCAUUCCCACAGACAUUCAUCUGACUAUUCCAAGGCCUCACUCCAGUGUGGACAUAAAAAAAGGAUUGUAGAACAGCUUUAUUUGUGUACUUUAAGGACAGAUGGUGAUCCUACAAUAGCAGGUUAGAUAAGGUAAAAUAACACUUCAUCAAAUUGUCCCUUUUUGGGGAUCAAUUAAGUAUUAUCUUGUCUGAUUUUAUCUUGAUAGUGACAUCCAUGUUGAUCACUGGACAGAGAGAAGAUUUUUGUGUGUUCUUGCACAUUUUGGGUCAAGAAUCCCAGUUGUCACUCUUUCAAAGCUCUGGACAUUGUUUUGUAAAUGUACACUUAUGGGACAGGCUGGAGUGUUUUAUAAAUUUUGUAUAUUUUGAAGAAUUGUGUAUUUAUUAUAUGAGGAGAAUGUUAACUACAAAGUACUCCACUGGCCAAAGACUUUUUCACAAUGAGUAUUUUUCAAGAAAUGGAAGGAUGGAUGCCUCAAAUCACACUGACAAAUCUCAAACCAUUUGGGUAUAAGGACAGUUAUACACAUUUCACUGGGGUCAUUUUUCAUCAAGUUAUAGCAGCAGCUAAUCAACACCUUUCCUAUCCCAUCUUUCUAUAUUAUUUUCAUGUCAUCUACAUAUCCAUGUACUAACUUUACCAUCCAAAACCACUCAGAGAGAAUGUUGUGAACUUAUAUAAGUAUUCGAUUGUUGAGAUGGACCAGGGAAGCAGAGAGAGUGGAGAAACUACAUAUUGUGGUUCUUCUAACCAGUCACAUUAAAUCAGUGAUCAUUUCAAGGAAGUGAAGAAUUAUGCAUUUUGUAAGUAUUUAAGCAGGGCCCAUUCAAUGCUAAAUGUGGAGGAUUGGUCCAGUGACAGCUGUUGACAUUAAUGUAAAGUAACGUGUGAAAAAAUGGCUAUGAUUUCCUAAAUAAAAGUUUUUACAAAGUCA